GUAAUACCUACAACUUCGGACCUCGUAAAGGCCGUAGAAGCUGAGGGUCGCUGUGAAUAUCGGCUUCCUCAAGUUGAGGCCAAAAAACCAGUGCGUCGCAAGCGCGGCCACACAUUCCUUGGUGAGAAGACCAGCAUCUUUGGAGCCCUGAUAAAGGGUGAGGAGAAUGCGUAUAUAACAGCACUCCUGUCGUUCGGCCUGCUUGUUUUGGUUUCUCUCUUGACCGUCGGUACUAUAUUUGCCUUCUGUGUAAAGCAUCGAGAUAAAGCGGCUAUUUGCAGCAUCCGUAGAAAGUCGAAACGUUCAUUUCCAACGGUUACGGCAACAGGCGACAGAAGUACUGGUAGUGGUACCACCGGAAGUGGGUUGAAUCUCAUAGAUCAUGAGAGUUCCUUAAUGUUGACUGACAACCAACGGCCAGGCGAUAGUCACUCGAUCUUAGCGGCCACCAGGAACAGUGAAAUCGGAUUGAAGGCGGCCACCGCAGCCUCGUUCGUGGCCGGUCAACUCAAAGCUCGAGAGAAACUGGCCAGUGUAGGGCGGCCCUGGAGUCAUGUUGCCGCUGAACCAAAACAGCAACAAGCCCUGCAACAACUAGCCUCUCCACAGCAGCAGCUGCAGUUACAUCAGCAACAGCAGCAGCAGCUGCAGUUACAUCAGCAACAGCAGCAGCAGCAGUUGCAGUUGCAGUUGCAGCAGCAGCAGCAUCCAUUACAGUUGCAGCAGGCCAUGAUGCUGCAACAUGGAAUGAGCCCAUGCGGCCAAUUCGGCCCUGGCCAACUAGGACCUUACCAACAACAGCAGCAGCAGCUGGCUGGCAUGGGCAUGCAGCCUGUGACGCAAAUGAAUUCGAACUUAAAUCCCUGGAUGAUGAUGAUGAUGAUGAACAAUAAUGCCGGAGGUAAUGUCGCCAUGCCCGGCGGACAAGCCGGCUUGAUGCAACCAGGAGUGCCACCUGGAAUGAUGCUCAAUUAUGGUAUGCCGGGCGGAAUGAUGCCAAGCGGAGGCCAAGGCGUCAACAACAAUAACAACAUGAUGAUGAUGAUGAAUAUGCUACCAAUGACAAUGCAGCAGGGAUUAAACCUACAGCAGAUGGGCCUAAACAAUAAUAACACAGGCAUGAAUUCACAGCUGCAGCAGCAACAGCAGGCGGCCAUGAUGUUUAAUCUAUAUCCAGGUGCUUCGCUUCCGAUGAACAAGCAAUCUGGAAACUUGAUGUACCCUAUGGGCAUGAACAACUCAUUUCAAUACUAA